UUCACUUUGUCUAACUUGUCUUUCCUCAUAUGUAACCAUGCGCAUUCACAGCUUCUUUUCUUUGCUGUUUCGGCUCCUUUUAUAUUCAAGAGCUGAUGCUCUCUUUGGUCAUGGUUUUAUUCGGUGCCAGUUUACUUCCUCCAAUGACACCGUUUAUUUGGAGCAGUACUACAUCAACAAGAUGCUACUGCUCCAAUACAACAGCACUUUGGGAAACGUUACCGGCUACACAAAGAAAGCAAUAGAAAUUGCACGUGACUUCAACAAAAGCCCGACUUUCCUGAGACAAGAAAAAAAGAAUCUGGAGAAAUGCAAAUCCCACGUCUCAUUAUUAUUGGAUGUCCUUUCAAAAACAGUGGAGCCCUCCGUCAGGCUGAGGUCAGUUGAUGCAGCAGGCAGCAAACAUCCAGGCAUGCUGGUCUGCAGUGUGUACGGCUUUUAUCCCAAACAAAUCAGAGUGACUUGGCAGAAGAACGGAAAUAAUGUGACAUCUGAUGUGACGUCCACUGAAGAACUGUCCAAUGGGAAUUGGCUCUACCAGAUUCACUCAUAUCUGGAAUUUACACCCACACCUGGAGAGAAAAUCACCUGUAUGGUGGAGCAUGCCAGCCUCACAGGGCCCAAGCUUUAUGAGUGGGACCCAACAUUUGAGUCACAGAGGAACAAAAUUGCUGUCGGGACAGCAGGGCUGGUGCUGGGUCUGGUGUCUUUAGUUACUGGGAUGAUUUUCUACAAGAAGAACCAUGCUGGCCGAAUAUUGGUGCCAACAAGUUAAGGCAGACGGACACUUUGGCUGAAACAUAUGUAAUACAAGCCAAAAUGGAAGAGGAUGGAAUAAAUAAGGUGUCGAGUCCCACAGUUCAGGAGGUUGAUAUGCAGUGUACAAUAUAUAGAGGAAUACUUUGUGUUGUGCGGAUAAAUCUAUUAAAAGUAAGCUUUUAAUUAAGUUUGAGGUAAUAAUAUAUAAAGAAUUGAAAAUAUCUUGUCAAGAUCUUCUUUAGAACUGUACACAUCGUCAUAAUUUAAGAGAGCUUAUUUUCCAUGAAAUGGUUUGACUAUACCCUGUAAUAUUUUGGUGAUUAUCAACGGGAAUGGCCUUUUAAUUUUUAAUUAUGUUGAUUAAAAAUAUAUACACAGCACUAUGGUUCUGGCUAAUACAAAUGUCUAGUGUCAUGAGCUGGGUGCUAAUCACAUGAUCUGAUAUACAAGAUGUACUGGAUUUAUAUCUGUCAUAACAUAAAUAUAUCAAAUACACACUUCUUACCAAUGGACUUAUGCAUGCAAUACAUUUAUAUUUUGACAUGUUUUUCCUAAUCUUUCUUGUUGGGUUGAGGUUGUCGUUCAAAGAAGUACAAAAACAUUAUGUAACGCCAAAGUACUGUAAACUAGGAGUCUGGUCUAUUUGGUUGCUGUGUUGAUGCCUACUACAAGAUGAAGAACAUUCUCCAGGUGAGAACCGAGAUUACAUUAAAUCAAAUGAAUAUAACAAAUGAU